AUGGCCAUGGUGUCCAGAGGGGCCAAGAUCAGUCGCAACAUCAAGCGGGGUUUCAAGGCCUGUGGACUGUAUCCACUGUCGCUGGUCAAGAUGGGCUCUCGACUCGAUGCGUUCGCCCGCAACGGAGCCCCUCGUCACGUCCAGCUCGCUGCGUGGCUACAGAUGCGAGAGAUUGUCCAAGAUGAAGUCCUGACGCUUCCAGCGCCGCCCCGCAAGGACAGCAGCACCAAGCGCAAGCGUGUAUCCGUAGGCGGCCGCCUGCUGACACACGACGUACUGCAAGAGGUGGACGCUGGCAGGAAGCGCGCACUAACGUGGGAGGCGCUUGCGCAGCGCCGGCUCUCCCUGCGCUCCUAG